AACUAAACAUUUCAUGUAACGCCUUCUUUUUUUUCCUCAUGGCAAAUAACCCCCCACAACUUCCCCAAAAUUACAAAAAAAUGACUUACUCCGACCGGAAACACCGUCGGAGCCCUAAAACUACCCCUCUUUUACCUCAAAAAGAUGCCGAUUCCGUCCACUCCGAUGCCGGAUUUAACGGCGCUUCUUUCUCCGGCGCCGUUUUUAAUCUCUCAACUACAAUUGUCGGUGCAGGAAUUAUGGCACUUCCGGCUACACUUAAGCAACUUGGUGCAAUUCCAGGUGUUAUUGUUAUUGUACUUGCUGCUAUGUUGACGGAGAAGUCAAUUGAGAUGUUGUUGAGAUUCACUAAAGCUUCUAAGGCGGUCUCUUAUUCUGGACUUGCUGGUGAUGCUUUUGGAGGGUUUGGGAGGACGUUGUUGCAAGCGUGUAUUGUGAUUAAUAAUCUAGGGACUCUUGUUGUUUACAUGAUCAUCAUUGGUGAUGUUUUGUCCGGAACUUCAUCAGAUGGGGUGCAUUAUUCGGGUGUGAUGGAAGAAUGGUUUGGCCAACAUUGGUGGAAUUCACGCGCUAACUUGCUGCUUCUUACUACGCUCCUUGUUUUUGCUCCUCUUAUUUCAUUCAAACGCGUUGAUUCAUUGAGAUACACAUCAGCCUUGUCAGUCGCUUUGGCUGUUGUAUUUGUGGUGAUCACAGCUGGAAUAGUCAUUGUUAAGUUCAUUAAUGGAAGCAUCGGAAUGCCUCGCUUGCUGCCUAAACUUGUUGAUCAGGCGUCUUUCUGGAAGCUAUUCACAACUGUUCCAGUACUUGUUACUGCCUAUAUUUGCCAUCACAAUAUACAUCCUAUAGAGAAUGAGCUAAGAGAUGGCAGCCAGAUGAAGUCAAUAGUCCGGACUUCAAUUGUCUUAUGCUCAACUGUAUAUGUAGCGACCAGCUUUUUUGGAUUCCUUCUCUUUGGCGAUCAUACCUUGGAUGAUGUACUCGCCAACUUUGAUGGUGAACUUGGGAUUCCUUACAGCUCAUUACUUAAUGAUGUGGUGCGAGUGAGCUACGUGCUACACUUGAUGCUUGUUUUCCCAAUUGUCUUCUUUUCCCUUCGCCUCAAUAUGGAUGGCCUCUUUUUCCCAUAUGCAAUUCCUAUUGCCUAUGAUAAUCGCAGAUUCUUUUCAGUCACAGCAGCUCUUAUCUGUUUCAUAUUUUUGGGAGCAAAUUGUGUGCCUAGCAUCUGGGAUGCCUUCCAGUUUACUGGUGCCACAGCUACUGUCUCUGUUGGUUUCAUUUUCCCUGCUGCAAUUGUCCUUAGGGAUACACAUGGGAUUGCAACCAAGAGAGACAGGUUAGUGUCAUGGGUCAUGAUACUAUUAGCUGUUUCUUCAAGUACUGUGGCAAUCUGCAGCGACAUUUACAGUAUUUUCAAUAUUGGAGUUGAAGCUUAGAAGAAUGCGAAAAAAUUGGAUUCUUUGGCUAAUUAGAUCUUUGCCAAAGGCAGAUUAAGGUUCAUAGUCAAUCGCAUUUCCGGACAGUUAACUGAUUUUUUGGUUCCUCAAUAGUGCCAAGUUUAUUCCAAAAAUGUGAAUAUCAACUGGAAGGAUAUCGUAUAGAACAGUUUAGGAAUCGAGGAACAGUGACAUGCAGGAAUAUGUCCAUGUUCUGUACAGCACACAAAAUUUAUAAUCUGCAAUGGAGAGCUUAUUCCUUUAUGCUCUUUUAUUUUUGUUAACAUUAUGAAACUGAGCGUUUCUGUAAAAUUCUUGUCUUGAUACAAGUUUUAAAUUGCGCUUUG